CAGCUUGCCUCCCGUCUCCCGCGGCCGCACAAGGCGGGGUGCGCAGGGGCCCGGCUCCUCAGUCCGCCCCGCGCAGGGGAGCGGGCUCGGAGCGGCGGAGCGAGGCGGGGGCUCCGCGCCCGGUGUGAGGGGGCUGCCUCGCCCCGCGGGCAGAUCCCCGGCCGGCGAGGGGGCCGGAGGAGGCGGGCAGCCCUCCCCUCCCUCCCUCCUCCCGCCCCGUCGCGCCGGAGCCCGGCGGCGCUGCGGCCGGGGGGGUGCCGCUUUCCCGGCCGCCGAGCAAGCCGCGGGCGCUCCGCCGCGCUCCCGGAGCUCCCGGGGCCAUGGGGCUGCCCGCCGCCGGGCUCAUCGGCUGCUGCUGCCUGCUGCCCCUCGUCCUCCCCGCAGCCCCGGGAGUGAACUGUAAAACUGGCUGCCACCCAGAAAAUGGAUUUUGUGAAUUUCCCAGUGAAUGCAGGUGUCAACCUGGUUGGCAGGGUGCUCUUUGUAAUGAGUGUGUUCCUUUCCCUGGGUGUUUGCAUGGCAGCUGUGCCAAGCCCUGGCAGUGCAUCUGUGAGGAGGGCUGGAUUGGCAGCCUCUGUGACAUAGAUAUUCACCCGUGUUCUACAAAGCCCUGCAGCAAUAACUCAACAUGCAUAGAGACGGGCGAUGGAGGAUAUAUUUGUCUGUGUGCCCAGGGAUUUACAGGAAAAAACUGUCAUCUCAAAAAAGGACCCUGCAUUAUUAAUGGCUCUCCCUGCCAGAAUGGAGGAACAUGCAUUGAUGACAAUGGUUUUGCUCCACAUGCUUCCUGUCUGUGCCCUUCUGGUUUUGCUGGCAACUUCUGCGAAAUAGAUAGAGAUGACUGUGAAUCCAACCCGUGUGAAAAUGGAGGAACAUGUACAGAUAUUGGUGUGGGUUUCAGCUGUUUUUGUCCCCAUGGUUAUACAGGAAAACUCUGCAACAGCCGUGUCAUAUUUUGCGCAAGUGACCCAUGUGAGAAUGGAGGGACAUGCAGUGAACAUCCCCAGGGAGGAUUCGAAUGCAUCUGUAAAUCUGAAUUUGUUGGUGUGACCUGCAAACACCCCAGCAAAAACACAAGCCUCGCUGGAAUGAAUACAGAGGCAAAGCAUAUGCAGAAUUACAAGCUACCCCCAAAAGCUCAUCACAGAUCAGUUCAUCAUCAACAAGAAAUCCUGAAAAUAACAAUGAAAGAAACAAUCCAAAAUACAGAUCCCUUGCUCAGUAGAAGCCAGGUGAUAUGUUUUGUUGUACUGGGCUUGCUUACAUGCCUUGUUGUCUUGGGUACAACCGGGAUUGUGUUUUUUUCAAAAUGUGAAACGUGGCUUGCUAAUGCCAAAUAUAGUCAUCUCCUACGCAAGAAAAAGAACUUUUUUCUAAAAUCUAACAAUGGGGAAAACCUCUCAGUCAAUAUUAUCUUCCCAGAGAAGAUCAAAUUGACUAAUUACACUAAGAACUAUACUGCCAUCUAGGCCCUUGAAAGCCAAGCAGCAACUUGCAACUUUCCAUAGCAAUAUGUAAAAUAUAUUGAACUUAUUGCCUGUGAUUGGCCUCAGUAUUUGUGGGUACAUUUGCUUGUGCUGAGUGAUAAUGAAGAAAUAUAAUGUAUCUGUAUUGCUAAGGAUGUUUUCAUUCCCAAAAACAAAAAUUAAGAAAAAUAAAAAUGAUUAAAAAGCAGGGGAUAGUAAUUUUAUUUCUUUUCAAGGCAGCUAUUUUUUGUAAAAUAAAAGGUAAUUUACCACUGGAACUGUAUUGCAGCUUUCUUGUCUUGUGCAUAAAUUAUUUGGCAAAUACGGUACCUGUAAAUUACUCAGUAAUGCUUUCUUUUUUAAUAAACAGCAAUUAAGGGCUA